AUGAACGGCGGCAAUGCAGACGGACUGGGCCUUGGGCGAGAUGCUCUCGCACUGCAGCCCAUAGCAAGCGCCCCCAACUACACAAGCAACCACCACAACAACAGACGCAUGUCGUCGCCGUCCCCUCCUCCGCCUGCUUCGCGUCAACACGCACAACCCUCGACUCCCCGCAAUGCCCGACGAAGGCCGACUCUGGAGGACCGUCGCCAGCCGAGUAUUCGACUCCGCCGUCUGGGAUCUGCCAGCACACUGGCCUCCCAACACACGACUGCGACGACCGACUUUGCGCAGAAGGCUGCUGUGGACACGUCGGGCAGACGUCGCUCGUCCUCGGAGCCUCAGCGUCCACCAUGGAUCGACAGCAGCAGUGCCAACAACAACAGCCUGAGUGUUCCGCGAGGUAUCGCACGACCCAUCUCCACCCACAUGCCGCGUCUGGACGAGGAAACUGGUCGACCAUCCAUGUCUGUGCCUCGGGACGUGGACAUCGAGCAGCUGGCUGCUGCUGGCUACGCUGUAGAUGGCGAGACUCCCGCUCGUCCAGGCUUGUGGAAGAGAGCAAGUGUCGCUGCCCUCCAGCCCUUCAGACGCCAGCAGAAUCAAGAAGACGACAAUCCGGAAGCCAGUCCGCGAAGACGGCCCCGUCGAGGAACUUGGGCCAACGAGUACGACUCUGACUUGGUCGAUAUCCUCGAUGUCGUGGAUCCCGAGAUCGCUACCCUUGCAACUCUUACCAAUGUCCAGAAUUCUCUAUUCAUCCCGGAUCUGGGUUCCUUCCUGAACCGUCGUCCGACUUAUAAUCUUACGCGGGAUCCCACCUUCUCCCGCGAUCAUAAUCAACCCACCAAAGCCCCUUCUGUCAAGCCCCCUUCUGUCAUGACACAGUCUCGCGUCGAGACAGAUGCCGACACUGUUCUAGAACGUCCUGGUAUGGACCGGACUUUCACCAUUGCUUCACGCCUGAGCGAGACUGAUGACCACUACGCUGUCCUUCCCCAUGGCCUUAGUCUCGAAGGCUGGAGUCUGGCUGAGAAGGAAGAACUGAACGAUCAUGUUAGACACAUGUUACACUCUCGCCGUGCUGCUUUCAAACGAGGAAUGAAAGGUUUUGGUCAAUACGUUCGCCGUCCUCUCGGCUUGUUCGUCACUGUAUAUGCCACUCUUGUGACCUUGUUUGGCCUCGCUUGGGUUCUCUUUCUUAUUGGAUGGAUCAACGUCGAAGGUCGACAAUCUUACCUUAUCAACGUCAUUGACAACGUACUGGUUGCCCUGUUCGCCAUCGUUGGAGACGGCUUGGCGCCCUUCCGAGCAGUCGACACGUACCACAUGAUAUACAUCGCCCACUACCAUCAUUUGACAUGGCGCCUGCGCAAGAAGCGUAACAUGCCCAAACUCAAAAACGAGAAUGAUCUUCCUGUACAACCCGGGAUAGAUGCAGACAUCGAGUCUGGUUCGACUGCCGAAGCUGCUUCUAUAAACGAGACUGCUUCUGCGCUCAAUGCAGAUGCCAAGUCCAACAGAUCUAUGAGUAAAGAUGAAUCGGAGGAAAGCGUGCUUACGGAAGAGCAACAGAGGAAACUGAAGCACCACGAGGACAAGUUUUCCAAGUCUCAUACCUUCUACAAGCCUCACGAAACCGAGACUCACCACGCCUUCCCGUUACGACUCCUCGUCGCUGUUGUUGUCCUCCUUGAUUGUCAUUCUCUCCUUCAGAUUGCUCUGGGCACAUGCACGUGGGCUAUUUCCUACCACGUGCGACCAUUCGCGCUCACCACAGUCAUCCUAUGCUUUUCGAUCACAUGCAACAUCGCGGGCGGCGUCAUAAUCAGUAUUGGCGAUCGAAUUACCCGCAAGAAGGAUGUGGUGGAGCGCAUGUUCAGACAACAACUUACAGAACAGGCAAUCCAGAAGAUGGAGAGACGCCGCCAACAAGAGAGCGACCGCAACGAGGAAUUGGACACUGUGGUUACAAACCAUCCAUUGAACGGAACAGGAUUAGAGCCCGGCAGUAAUCCAGUCCAACCGAGUAUGAUCGGUGCAGGAGUAGACGCGGCGCAGCUGGGUCGCGUAUUGUGA